AUGGGGUAUUGUGUGUAGUUUGAUUGGGGGGAUUUAAUACAUUUUAGAGUAAGGCUGUAAUAAAGUGGAAAAAUUCAAGGGUUCUGAAUACUUUCCAGAUGCACUGUACAUGUUUUUACUUGUAAAAUAAUGACACUGUUUAUAGCCAUUGAUUUCUUGACGACUGUAAUUUGUAAUGCCUGAUGAGCGUAUCAAACUGUUUAACACCAUCAGAAUCCUAAAUAUAAACGUGUUGUACUCCAUUCUCCAGCCCCACCCCUCAGCUGUUUACCAGGUGAGGGAUGAGAUGGGAUACACCGAGGACUUUUAGUUUUCAGUAAUAACACUUUCUGUGGGGCAGCCCAUUACACUUAUAAACUCAAUAGGGCAGCCGCCCAUUAUCAUGGCGACUGCACAAAAGCACAUUCAAUUUCUAAUAUCACCUUUUAACUAGGCAAGUCGGUUGACGUAAUUCUUAUUUUACAAGGACUGCCUAAGAACAGUGGGUUAACUGCCUUGAUCAGAGGCAGAACGACAGAUGUUUACCUUGUCAGUUUAGGAAUUCGAUAUUGCAACCUUUCAAUAACUGGCCCAUCGCUCUAACCACUAGGCUACGUGCCGCUCCAAGUUCAAUAAGUAAAUGUGUUAACGGAGAUGUAAAGAAGUCUAGUGUCAAUUCAAAGUUGUAAUAAAUGCAUUGAUAAGUCGGACUUAUGUUUCUUCGUCAUGUUAGAUAACCACCAUUAUGUUAGUUUGGUUAUACAUACACCUGCCAGUAGAUGGCGAUAGUAUUAGUUUUAGUGAGUGAUCACUGUGAUUGCCUUACAUAAACAAGCCAGUAGAUGGCGCCUAGUCGCCUACGUGAUACAGUUAUGUAACACAUUUGGAAUUUUACCCCUAGACUAUUGUCGUCAAAGAUAUAGACGGACCCGUCAGUCUAGUCUGAUCUAAGCUAUUCUAGUUGAUAAGGGGUCACUGUACCACAACAGCCGAUAGCCUUAAUAACUGAUGCUAUGUCUCAAUUCCUCAUUGGCAAGAACGGGACUGAAACACCAGAACCUGUCAAAGCAGAAGUAACAGUGAGAUCCGCUAGAUGACGGUUUGCUGUUGCCGCGACAACGUGACAGCACCAAUUUGUCUAGCUGCAGUCCCCGAAGUAGCGUUUUCGACCGCUCUCUCGUCGCACCUCCCUCUCUUUGUGCUUUUCUGCAUGUGUGUUCGCAGUUGCAUUGAUUUCUGUUAGACAGCUUCUCCCACUCUCGUUUGCUGCAGAAUUGAUUGGGGAAAUAUGGAGCGAGAUGGCUGCCAAAAAGUUGAACAUAUGUAUUGUUAGGAUCUUAAUUAAGAAAAACCCAUGCAUGAAACGUAAACGUUAAAUUAGAUCUGUAAAUGUAAAAACCCAAAGUUACGAAUAUGAAUGAACAUUUACACUUUCAAUUCUUACUUUGUCUCCCUUCACUUGGUUACAGAUCUUUUUUAUUUGUCCGUGUGGGGCUGCUGUGGUAUAGCCAAGGGGUCCCAAACAAUCUCGACCAUUUAUAGCCUAUUCUUAAUGCCAGAUCUGUUUUUCUUAUCAGCCACUGCACGUGUUGCUUCAACUAUUUUGUAAAAAAAAAAAAAUGUAAAGACUAUAUUUAGAGGCCUGUGAGCUAGGAUCUCUUAAGUGUAGCACUAUAAUACGUUAUAAAACACAACUAGAGUUUAAAAAAAUAAUUCUGCAAGACAUCAGUACCCACAAUGAUAGCCUAAAUUGAAAUGCUUACAAGUUGAAGGCCUAGUUUUGCUGUAAACCUUCAUUGUAAAAUAGUAUGUUUUAAUCAAUUAUUUGGUGAUGUGAUUUAGUAUAGUUUUAUCAAAUGUUUUACAAUUGACAUUUUUCUCAAUCACUGAGGCGGCUGGUCAUCCUCUUCUGAGGAGCCUCCACGGACACACACCUAUAUACAGUAUAUGAGGUAUAAUGAACCUCUAACGUAAACUUUCAACAAUUAUCAAAUUUGCCAUUCAAAAAAAUAUAUAGGCUGAAGGUCAAACUUUGAGGGAUCAGCUUCUACAUUGUUUGGUUUAUCACAUUAGAAUAUGGUAAAAAUGAUAACAGUUCUCUUCUGGUGAAAGAGAGAACCACGCUGUAUUUUGGUCCUCUUUAUACAUCUUUAAUGAAAGAUGAAAAAAUACGAACAAUUUACAAAAAAAAAACAACGUGAAAACCGACAACAGCCCUAACUGGUGCAAAACACAGAGACAGGAACAAUCACCCACAAGAGACUUAAAGAAUAUGGCUGCCUAAAUAUGGUUCCCGAUCAGAGACAACGUUAAACACCUGCCUCUGAUUGAGAACCACUCCAGGCAACCAUAGACUUACCUAGAAUACUUCACUAAACACAAUCCCAUAGCCUACAAAACACCACAUAAAUCACCCAUGUCACACCCUGGCCUGACCAAAAUAAUCAAGAAAAUACUAAGGCCAGGGCGUGACAAUGUACCUUCUGUGCUUGCAGGAUGUGUCCCUGAGUGGCUACAAGGGACACUGCUGCGCAAUGGGCCUGGUCUCUUUAAAGUGGGAGACACUGAAUACAACCACUGGUUUGAUGGCAUGGCCUUAAUUCAUAGUUUCACCUUCAAAGAUGGUGAGGUGUACUACAGGAGUAAAUUCCUGAGGAGUGACACCUUCAAGAAAAACACUCAGGCAAACAAGAUUGUUGUUUCAGAAUUUGGGACAAUGAUCUAUCCCGAUCCCUGCAAAAACAUAUUUUCAAAAGCCUUCUCCUACCUUCUCGCUGCCAUCCCUGACUUCACAGAUAACAACCUGAUAAACAUCAUUAGAUAUGGGGAGGACUACUAUGCCUCAUCAGAAGUCAACUACAUGAAUCAAAUUGACCCAAUUACCCUGGACGUAAUUGGAAAGAUGAACUACAGGAAUCACAUUGCUCUGAACUUGGCGACUGCACACCCUCACUACGACGAUGAGGGAAACACCUAUAACAUGGGAACUGCCCUCAUGAGGUUUGGCAUGCCCAACUAUGUCAUCUUCAAGGUUCCAGUAAAUGCAUCAGAUAAGGAGCAUAAGAAGCCUGCCCUGCGGAAGGUGAAGCAGGUCUGCAAUAUACCAUUUCGCUCUAACCUCUUCCCCAGCUACUUCCACAGCUUCGGCAUGACAGAGAAUUACAUCAUCUUUGUCGAGCAGCCAUUCAAACUGGACAUCCUCAGACUGGCCACAGCUAUAUUUAGAAACGUCAACUGGGCCAGCUGCCUCAAAUACGACAAAGAGGACAUUACUCUGAUCCACCUGGUCGACAAGAAGACUGGGAAGGCUGUGUCCACCAAGUUCUACACCGAUGCCCUGGUAGUUUUCCACCACAUCAACGCCUACGAGGAGGACGGCCAUGUAGUGUUUGACAUGAUCACCUACAAAGACAGCAAUCUGUAUGAAAUGUUCUACUUAGCGAACCUGAGAAAGGAAACUCAUGAGUUCAUUGAGACCAACAAGGUCAACUUCUCUCCACCAAUCUGCCAGAGAUUUGUCUUGCCUCUCACUGUUGACAAGGAUACUCCAAAUGGAACAAAUCUGGUGAGGCUCAAAGACACAACAGCCAAAGCAGUGAUGCAAAGAGAUGGCUCGCUGUAUUGCCUGCCUGAAACAGUAUUUGAAGGUUUGGAGUUGCCAGGGAUAAACUACAAAUUCAAUGGCAAGAAGUACCGUUAUUUCUAUGGCUCAAGAGUGGAGUGGACUCCACACCCAAAUAAGAUUGGGAAGGUGGACAUCGUGACCAGAAAGUACAUUGAGUGGACAGAGGAGGACUGCUACCCCUCUGAGCCUGUGUUUGUUGCUUCACCAGGAGCUGUGGAGGAGGAUGACGGAGUCAUUUUGUCCUCAGUCGUCUCACUCAAUCCAAAGAUAUCCCCCUUCAUGCUUGUCCUUAAUGCCAAAACCUUUGAGGUAAUUGCUCGUGCCUCAAUUGACGCCAGCAUUCACAUGGAUCUGCAUGGACACUUCAUUCCCACACAGAGCACCAACUGACAUAGCCAGCAGAGGGCAGGAUUGUACCUUAACAUUGUAGAGGGCAGAGUAUUGUUCCCAACCAUGGAAAGUCGAUGUCCGUGCCCCCAUGGAAAUUCAAUGAGCACAAUAAACGAAAAUUCCCAUGAAAAUCAUUCUGUUUAAAUUUGAGAUCUGUUUUGCGUGGGCUGCGUCUCAAUCCACCACAUCCACUGACGACUGCCUUCCGCAUCUGCGGUAGGAGGCAGAGCUUCAAGAUCAUGUCUAGAUGGGAUACAGGUUGUCAAAUUGACAUCUAAGGUGAUUAUUUUAGCUAACACUAUCCCCUCUAACCUUAACCUAAUUCUCCUAACCUGCAACUUUAAUUAUCCUAACCUACUGUAUAAGUUCUAAACCUGAUACGAAAAGUAAAUAUGUUUUUCCAUGUAUGAAUCUGUUAUUCAAUGUGUUUCUAAAGGCUAAUAGCGGUAAGAACAAAUUCAAUGUCUUAUCAAAUGUUUGUUUUAUUUAAAAAAUUGUAUACCUACAGGGGUCCUAACACUCUUAAAUCAAAUAGCAAAAUGAUCCUUGGUAUGACCAUCUUGAAACAAUUCCACAUACCUUAGUAAACUAGCUCCGGGCCAUUCAAUUACUAGGCUAUCUCUCCAAUCGUAUUUGCUCAAAUGUUGCAGAAUUUAUGUUUACAGAACGUCUACCACAAAGUGUCUUUUAAAUCCUAUUUUUAGACUGAGAACGACUUAACCUCUAUUUUUGUAAAUCAGGACGUAUACAAUAUAGUUUUGUAUGUUUAAAAGGGUUUAUAAUGUAUUCAUUCCGUCUAUCCUGGUCACCCUAUUGUACAUUAUAUUGUUUUUCUGUACAACAGGUAAUUAAGGAAAACAAUAGUGUGCUGCAAAUCAGUUGUGGCAUUGCUAUCACCAUUACUUCUCUCAAGUGAGUACUUGCAGCACUUUUUGCGCACAUAAUUACCUCAUUCAACAUUAUGAUUAUUACCAUGAGUCACUACAAUGUACUUACAUUAGGUUUGUAAAUAUAUAUUUGAAUAUCCAUUAGAAUACUGUGUUUAUUAAAUACUUGUAUUUAAUCCACUCGUAAGAAAAUGUAUACUUUUAUUUAGUACAUUCUAGAGGAAGACUGAAACCAGACAUUAAUGCUCUAAAGUUAGAAUGAAAUUGGACAAUUUGUUGUGCAUUAAAUGCCAGUUAAUGUUUUGUUUUAAGUGUGUUUGAUUCUGAAAUCAUUCUGUGACUUUGCUUAAAAUGGAUCCCCUGUCUGUGUAAAUGUGCAAUUGAAUUAUUUGUCUUAAAAUCUGACCAUGUCAUCACCUUAUAAUUAAUCAAGUCUAAAAUGAGCAUAUUACUUACAACUACAGUAAUGCAAAUUUAUAUUUCUUUGUGUGAUAUAGUCCAACAACAUGGCUGUGCCAGUAAACUACAUGUUUGCUUGCUAACAAAUAAAAACUAGAGGGGAAAAACAUGAACCUUUUUGUUGCUUUAUCCACAACUCUUGUUGUUUGUAGAGGAACCAAUCUAUCCCCACAAAAUACAAACAUGUACAAAUAAUAUUACUGAAAAAAUGUAAAGAUCAGUUAGUAUGAUAGUGUAGUUCCCCUUCCCCCAUGGGAAAGGUGGUUUGACUCUGGGACUUCACCUGCACUAAUAAGAGACACUAGAAAUCCCUCAGCGCCAGGCAUGCACAGUAAACAAGAAAUUGGCAUAGGCUAGCAUGGUACCAAUGGCUUACAAAUAUAAUAUAUUAGGUAACCUGGUGCAAUCUCUAGGAUGGGAUUAGACUAAUCAUGAUAUACAAGUAUAAUAUAUUGGGUAACUCAGUGCAAAUAUAACUGCCAUUAUGAUUUCUUACCCCCGACCUUACCUCACAGCAUAGACCCAAUACAGAGAUGCUUUUAUUUAGACGGUUAUCUUUUAAAAUAAUUUGACUUUUCAGAUGAUCACUGCAAAGUUUUAUCACAUUUUGCUAUUUACAUUUACUGUGCAUGAGAAGCCAUUUUGACAGCUUCACACAGCAAAAAUGAAAUCACCCAAGACAGACUAUUGUAACUGUGGAGUAAUUACAGUAAAGUCUUGUGACUACUAUCCUUACACUAUUUUCUCUACACAAACCUGUCACAACAUGGCACUUACAGUAAGGAGAAGCCUUACCUUAGUCUUCUCCUUACCUUUCAGACAGCAGAAUGAAUGGAGGAGAGGCUUUUCAGUCUUACGGGCAGUGUCACAGAGUUCACUGAAAUCAAUUUCACAGGUCUGUCUUAACCAACUGCGUAAUAAAAGGGUUGACUGACAAUAAAUAUGCAACCAUAACUGCAAUUCCUAGAAUGUUGAAAAGAGACUUAACAAAGAGAGACCAAAGAUUAGGCCUAUCUGGUACAGAGUUUAUAGCCAAGUACAUCAGAUGAGUUACAUAAAUGGGUACCAUGGUGAGUUAAUUUAAAGGGUCAAUCUGCAAUUGGUACGUCCAUUUUUGGACUUUUAAAAUAAUAACGUUCCAUUUGAUCAUGGUCAUUGCAUUCAAAUAAAUAUAUUUGUUACAAAGUUGUCAUGACUUAAUUUUAAAGUAAUAAAUCACCAAAUGCAGCUAAUGUUAUGGAUGGGGGGAAAGUGGUCUGUGAGAUUGCUUAGCAUUAGCACACUUGCAAAACAAAUUGAACAUGCAAUCAAAGAAUGGAUUAUCCUUUAGGGUAUGAUAAGUGGUCAUACAACUUCCACCCUUUGCAGUCAACAAUACUAAGUCUAUAUAUGCUUUAGCUGAGUAUACAAACCUUUAUCUUAGGUUGCAGUAUCCUUAUUCUGUCAUUCUAGGAAGACUGAGCUUAUGAUUGCACCAAAUAUUGAUAUGCUUAUCUCCAGUUCUAGUUACCUUAUCAUAGAGUACAUAGCUGAGAGGGUCAAAGCUACACUAUAUAUACAAAAGUAUGUGGACACCCCUUCAAAUGAGUGAAUACGGCUAUUUCAGCCACACCCGUUGCUGACAGGUGUAUAAAAUCGAGCACACAGCUAUGCGAUCUCCAUAGGUAACAUUGGCAGUAGAAAUGACCUUACAAAAGAGCUCAGUAACUUUCAUCGUGGCGCCAUGACCAGCAAGUCAGUUGGUCAAAUUUCUGCCCAGUUAGAGCUGCCCCGGUCAAAUGUAAGUGCUUUUAUUGUGAAGUGGAAACGUCUAAAUGCAACAACUGCCCAGCUGCAAAGUGGUAGGCCACACAAGCUUAUAGAACAGGAUCGCCGAGUUCUGAAGCGCGUAGAGCAUAAAAAUCUUCUGUCCUCAGUUGCAACACUCACUACUGAGUUCCAAACUGUUUCUGGACGCAACGUCAGCACAAUGUUUGUCAGGAGCUUCAUGAAAUGGGUUUCCAUGGCCGGGCAGCCGCACACAAGCCUAAGAUCACCAUGCUCAAUGCCAAGUGUUGGCUGGAGUGGUGCAAAGUUCACCGCCAUUGGACUCUGGAGCAGUGGAAACUAAAAAUCUUGAAUAAAUUAAAAUUAAUACAGGAACAGAGUGGUCACCUCACCAUUGUUGCUGUAAACAGAUAAGAGAAAGGGGUGGAGAAAUGCAACCAUUCACACUCAAGUCAUGACCACAGACUGACCAUCCAAUGGACCAAAAUUAAAGUUUACAAUGGUAUAAUUAUUUUUAACAAUUUAAGUGUAAACCAAAUAAAAACAUGGGGCAGAACAAGCUUGCAUGUUAGGCUCUGACAGAGCAAGAGGAGUAAGGCAUCCACAAUUCACAUUAAAUAAGUAUCAAUAGGCACAUCACCAACCUCAAUGACCUCCCAAAAAACCCACAAAGAAAUGCUCUGUUUUGAUAAUGUCACGACUUCCGCCGAAGUUGGUCCCCUCCUUGUUCGGGCGGCAUUCGGUGGUCGACGUCACCGGUCUUCUAGCCAUCGCUGCUCCACCUUUCAUUUUUCCAUUUGUUUUGUCUUGUUUUCCAUACACCUGGUUUACAUCUCCUCAUGAUUACUAUGUGUAUAUAGCCCUCUGUUCCCUCCAUGUCUGUGUGGGGUAUUGUUUAUUGUCUAGGUUGGCACGCUUCCAACUGGGUUGCGCCGGGUUUUAUUUUGUACCCGUGAUUUGUGGCAGCCGGUACUUUGUACUUGGUUGUUGUACUUUGUGCUGCCUCACUUGUUCUUUGGGCAUUUGUUUUUGUGACGCGGUUGCGUUCUGUUCUUACUAUUGUCUCAGUAAAGUGCUUCUUUGUUCACUCA